AUGCACGCCAGGUUCGAGGUGUCUGUGGACAGAGAAGUCGCGCUGAGCAGGAGGAUGGAGACGAAGGGUGGCGCCGACGUGAUCCCCUACUUCGAGGCCGAGAUCUGGCCGCGCCACCAGGAGUACCUGCGCGCUGCCGUGGAGCGCACGCCGCUGGUUACGUUCCUCGACCUGACGUCCGGCACGCCCGAGGAGGCCCUGCGGCAGCUGCUCGCGACCCCGCAGCUCCGCCUGCUGCUGGCCGCCGCCGCGGGGCGGCCCGGCGGGCCCGGCGGCGGGGUGCCUGCGCCGUGCGAGGCGGGUUGCGGCAGGCCGAGCGCGUGGGGGUAUGCCCAUUGCUGCAGGACCUGCAAGCUCACGUCGACCGCGUCGCACGGCCCGAGGUGCGAGCGAAGGGCUGCCGGCUCCGAGGGGUGGCGGCCGCAGGGCGGCGCGGGCGCGCCGGCGCAGCCUCCGUCCGGAGAAGUGGAGCUCAAGAGGGAGGCUGCCAGGCUGCCACAGGCCAAGUUCGAGGCAGCCCAGAAGGCGCAGAAGGCCGCGGACCUCAAGGCGAAGGUCAGCGGCCAGGGCGCGAAGAGUUCCCUCGAGGAGCUCAAGGUUGUUGCCGAGGCGGCUGACAAGGUCUCGCUCAUGCCAGAUGGAGCCAAGCGCAAGAAGAAGCCUCGUCCCGUACGGGGUGCCAGUGGCGCCGCUGAUAGUGAUGCGCGUGCUGGUGCACAGCCUGCAGCCGCUGGCGAUGACGACGCUCGUUCCCGCUCCAACAGAGGUGCAUCAAGUGACGGCGAAGAGGACUUCAUGGAUUCGGAUGGCUGGGAAGAACAGAUCAAAGGCCUCAUUCACGGCGAGUUGCAGGCCAAGUUCAGCAUCUUCCAGAACGAGGUUACCGAGCUGGUCACCGCGUCUGCCAGCAAGGCCGCCUCGUCCGCCGUCGAUCCCGUCAUGGCUGCCAUCAAAGGAGUUGAAGCUGCCGUUCAGCAAGUUCCGCAAACAUGUAAGUCCCAGCUGGAGGCGCAACUACGCCCCGAGCUCGACGCCACGCAGAGACGACUGCAGUUGCAGAUCGACACUAUCCAAUCGCAGGUCCGUGACAUUGACACCCGCACAGAGACACUGGCCACUGACAUGGAGCAGCUCAAGUCCCUGGUUGACGAACUCCGCAAAGAGUUGGCGGUCGCAAAUCGGCCCCCUCCGCCGCCUAAGCCGACACCUGGGUUCAAUCGUGCGGUGGGUGGCACGAUUCUCAAGGUCGUUGCCCCUGCUUUCGCCAAGAAGUGUGACUUUCAGAGCUCGGUGGAUAAAUGGCUCAAAGGAGCAAGCAUUGACGGCUUCACCAUUCUGGGCGACGAACAAGGCAAGCUCUUCACGAUCCAGUUCAAUGGGGCAGUGGGUACUGCGGGGAAGAAGGUUGCUGCCGCGUUGUCUGCUCUUCGUCUACCAGGUAAAGGCCAAUGGAUGCGCUUCCCCAUUCCUGCAGCUAGCGGGGGCAGUACCCAACUGCAUAUCGGCCCCGACAAGAAUCCGUUUCAGGUCAAGAUGGAGAUCACAGGACGGGUACUCAAGACGUGGCUGGUUGGAUCACACUCUGAGGGCUGGUUCAAUUGGUUCACCCCUCGGCGUUUCAAGCUUGGGUGGAUACCAUUCAACAUCGAGCAGCUGAGCAACAACUUGCAGUUCUCCAACAAGGUGCGCUUCAUGGGAAAGGACGCGCUAAGUGAUCAGCAGCCGAUCUUGGUGGCACUCGACUUCGGCCAGGCGUUCCCCAGCUUGAGCCAGCAAUACCUCUUCACGGUGCUCAAACGGCUUCUUCAGCGCGCCGCCUAUUCGGCGUUACUUCCAGACAUGAUGCGGCCGUUUCUGAGCAUCAAGUACAACACUGACUCGCCGUUGGUGGUCACAAGUGUCAAACGUUGGUCCAAAUGGUUCCCCUCCCUGGUGGACGACCUCACACAGAUGGACUGGAAAUGUUUGCAAGACAAGAUGGCCACCUACCCCACGGCCUGGGCGUCAGCGCUGCUGCGCGGCCUGUGCGGGGGCUGGCUCACGACUUGCGCCUUCGUGCUGGUGGGUUGGUUGUUGAUAUCUGGGAGGCGGAAAGCGGCUGCGGCUUUCGCUCGGGUCGUGUCGGCGCUCGGCCAUUCGUUGGUGCUGCAAGAGGUGUCAUUCUCCCUCCGUGCAUCCCUAGUCACCCUCAGCCUGUGGCCCUUCGGGAGUGCGGAGGUGGCAAUCGUGCAGAAUGUGACGGCGAUUGGCUUCUUGCCAGUGCUGCAGGAGGGGUUGGCGCACCUGAGGCAGUUGGAUUGGUGCCCUGAUGUCACGAGGGUGCCACCAGAAGAGCGCGAGAAUUUUCAGCUAGUUCGCCGUGCUUUCUUUCCUGGCCCUGCGAAGGCGGCGGCACCUGAAUUGCUUCUGCCCCCACACCUUCACGAGCGAGCCCUGCUGGGUGCAGCGUCUGCAGCUGCCUCUGCCCAUCUGCCUGGCGAAGACAUAGAGAGCAUUGAUGCGGACGGCUACCCAACCCCAACCGACGAGGACAUCGAGAGUAUGGUCGAGACUCCCACUGCCACGGCGGCGCCCGUACCUGGUGAAUCCCCACCGCUCGGGCACGAGAAUGAGACAAUGGAUGCUGGAGAGUUCUCGCAUCACUUCGGCCCCAUCCUCACCGACGAAGAGUUUGAAGCGCAAGUACAGUUAAUCUUGCGCAGGUCUCGGGAGUCCCUGUGGCGUGACCAAGAUGCUCUAUCGCCUGGUCAGAUUGAGGUUGCUAUUCAAUAUCUGGAUGAAAAUUACCAGCUUUCUGCAGAGCAGCGCGAGCUUGUGAUCUGGAUGUUGCACAACCCUGGCUCUCGAUUGGAAGGCGACGCUGUGGACGAUCCCGCUCUCCCUGUCCUCGGUACCGAGGCCAUGUUCCUCGACGACGGAGUGGUGGGCGUGGACGAGCUCAUGAUGGCGCAGGCCGAAGCUGAAAGUAUGGAAGUACCUGACGUGGACGCUUGCAGCAUGCACGACGUCGAAGUCGAAGUCGGAGAGGCUGAUGAAGAUCAAGAUGCUUUCAAUCUGCUUAUGGCCGCGCAGUACAACAUGGCUCGCAGCCUGAGCCUGCUCCUGUCCGCCCUGGACUUGAUUCUGCUGGUGAUCUUCCACCUGGGGAAGAUCUUCUUGACGGCGAGACCGUCGCUGCCGCCCAGGCGCCCUGAAUCCACCACCGCCAAGUACAAGCUUGGUAAUUUGAUGCCGAGACUGGACCCCAAGAACACUAAAUUGUCCACAGGCGCACCCCUCGCGGGCGCGGGGCCCCGGGGCGGCCGGGGCCCGGCCGCCAUGGGCUCCAACUGCCUGGUCUCGACGUCCAUCGGGAGCCAGAGACAGGGCCAGAAGUAUACCUGUCAACAGACGGACGCGUGGCGGGUGCCCGGCGAGUUCGAGGCCGCGGAGGCAGAAAGUGGCAAGCGAGAGGUUGCCAGAGUGGUUGUCCUCCUGAAUUGGUUGCAGGCGGUGCCGCCUGAGCUCCCCGAGCCCACAGAGCAGCCUGGGUGGGAAAUAAUGCUCGUGGGCGGCCAGUGA